AUGCUGCCUUCGCUGUACGCCGCGCUCUCCUUGAGCAUCAUCUACCGCAUUACUAUUAAUCUGCCCGAACUCGACUACACGACAGAGCUACAGAGCGUCGGUUCCAAGGGCUUUCUACAGACGUCACGCGAAAUUGCGCAUGCCGUUGAUAGAUUACUAGUUGACCUACCUGGACAACACAAUGCUACCGUAUACCAGUACAGGUAUCAUAAGGACCUGGGGACGCUGGUUUACCUUGACAUCUACUCAGAUGAGAUGUUGUCGAAAAAGGUGAAACGACGUCUUCGAAAGGCGAUCGACGACGGCUUCAUCGGCUCGUAUCGUGUCUCCGGCGACGCCUUCGAAUUCCAUGUUAUCCGAGAUGCAAACUCAAACUGCUUACCGAAAGAAUUUCAAUGUGCCGAUGGAAGUUGCAUCCCUGGAAAUCAGAGAUGUGACCGUAAAAAGGACUGUAAUGACGGUUCAGAUGAGCGUUCUGAAUAC